AUGGCAGACAAAAGUGAAAGUAGUUCAGAAACCGAUGAACAAAUUGUUGAAAGCGAGUCAUGUGUUUAUCAUAUUAAGUGGGUGGAUGUAGAGGGUGUCGGAUACGCGGUUGUGAUGCAAAAUGAAAAUGGGCCGUGUCCAUUGCUGGCUGUUAUCAACGUACUCCUUUUGCGAGGACAGAUUGCCUUACCAUGUGGUUCUACAGAGGUCAGUGAAAAGAAAUUAUUGCAGUUUGUUGCAGAUUGCAUACUUCGUCUCAAACCUAAGGACAUUGAUGAAGCCGAACUGCCAAAUUAUGAGCAGAAUGUAUCAGAUGUACUCGCUUUGAUACCUUCUUUACCUAAGGGUCUCGAUGUAAAUAUUCAUUUCACUGGAGUAAAGAGAUUUGAAUAUACGCCAGCAUGCGCAUUGUUUGAUAUUUUGAAUAUACCACUAGUGCAUGGAUGGAUUAUUGACCAAGCUGAUCAGGAAUUAUUGAGAGUGGUGGAUGGAUUAAGUUACAAUCGAAUAGUGGAGAAAAUUGUUAGUACAAACAAUGAAUCCGAAAAUUACAUGCUGAGAAAUUUCUUGGAUUCGAGCGCAUCUCAGUUGACAACGCAGGGAAUUACCGAACUUCUUUCAAAUCUUAAGGAUGGUGAAAUCGCUGUGCUUUUCCGAAAUAAUCAUUUCCAAACGCUAGCAAAGCAAAAGGAUGCGUUGUAUGUUCUAGUUACUGAUAUGGGAUUUCUCGGAGAAUCUGCGGUUGUUUGGGAAACAUUGGAUUGUAUUGAUGGAAACUCUACUUUCGUCAACGCAGUUUUCAGUACAUCGCAUAAGUCGAGCAUCCUUGCUAACGAAAGUGCUGAUUACUUGUUGGCCCUUUCCAUACAAGAAGCCGAGAAGGAAAGUACGGAAAAUCGAAGCACACACAUGAACGAAAUAAGUCUCUCAAUUGAAGAGCAUGAUGUGCAGCGUGAAGUUCCACGGGUGCGUAUAUUACCUUCGUCGGCUCAAGCUAUUCGACCAAGCAAAAAUUACAAUGUUCGUUUAUUUUGA